UGCGCGCUGCGCCCUGCCAGCGCCGAGCCGGCAACGCUGCACAAAGCGCGAGUGGCCGCGAUGUCUCGCACCGACUCUUCACGUUGAUGACUCGCCAAACUGAGAAACGCGACCACCGCGGAUCCAUCUCAGCACUGUGAAAAUACGAGCAUGUGAUAAGAUUUAGUGUGAAUAGAAAACGUUACGUAGUGUUUCCUUUUGUGAUAACUAAGUAGGAGCAACAGCAAAAUGUACAAGACAGUGCGGCACGGCGAGAACAGCCUCCAGUACACUAUCCUUCCGCAGACCGAGGAAGUGCUGAGCAACAGCGGCCUGAAGGGCAAGGGCCGAGACUACAGCCCUUCCAUACAUGUGCGACGGUCUCGCAGGAAAUCAGAUUUAAAAUACGCAUUAUGGAUAAUAUCCAGCAUGGCAGCAACCCUGGUUCUAACUCUUGUCCCAUUAUAUAUCAUUGAUGCAAGGAAUCAACAAGGCCAACAUGAAAUCAUCACCCCUGCACCAAUGGCAUCCGCCGCACGUGAGAUGGUGAAAUCUAGGAAAAAAGAACUCAAGAUGUCCCCAGAAAUCGUGUUGACCCUCGGUGAAAAAUCUGAAACAAGCUCCACUUCGACUUCACCUACUACAACCCCUUCCACUGCUGCAACGACAGUCACGAGUGAGAAGGGGACUACUCCUCCAUGGACUAUGCCAGCGUUACGCUCAUGGAAGAGCUCAACGUCCUCUACAGUGAUUCCGCCUAUCCCAACAGAAGACAAUGUGAUUCCCCUCAUUGGGACUGCCUCUAGUAAUAGUCAUGAGCCUACUCACGAUACAUCAGUCAAAUGGGAGAAAGAUAUUAUAAUCAGAGCCACCGUCACUCCCGAACCAAUCACUUUACGUAGUGUACUGAGGUACUACUCUCGAACACAAGUCCCUUCGGAGAAAUCAGUAUUCGCCACGAAAGGAUUCGAUGACGUUUUGAUAACUACUAAAGCUACUACCACAAGAACUCCGGUGACCACAGAGUUCGCUACUACUAGUGAAAACUCGAAACUGAGAGAUUUGAAGGACACCAUGCUGUCGGUAGAUGAUGACGAUGAAUUCAAGGAGUCACUCGAAGUGGAUGAAGUGUUUUCCUUGCCACCGUUGAAGCCUGAUUACGCGGCCCCGGGAACAGAUUCAGAUGAAGUAACGGUGUCCAAGGCCGGCGACGCGGGAUGGUAUGGAGCGCGUUGGCCAUUCGUGGACACGUCAUCUUACUUCCAAUGGACGGGUUACUCUCCGGGUGACAACUUGCUGUUGCCGUUGCUGGUGGCAGCGCUAUCAUCCAUUGCGUUAGUUCUGCUACUCGCAUUGGCCGUGCGUCGGCGCAAGCGCUCGCAGAUCGCGUCCUCCAAGCUUGGGAAGUUAACCGCCGACCUUCAAGCUGAUGACAACACCAACUUGUUGACAGCCGAAAACGCCGAAGAUGGCGACGGCGACGAGUGAGCGCCUCCCCCCCACUCGCUUCCAGCUUGUUACCACCGGCAGGAUGCCUCGUGUACAACUCUGGUACAUAUCCUACACUCGAUUACUAAGUCUACUUCUAUAUGCCAAUAAUGGAUCUAACUUUUAUUUAAAUAAUAAUAGAGUAUAUAUUUGUACGUGUAAUGGACUAUUAGUAAACGCUAUUCGCUAAAUGCUAGGCGUCAAGUGUGGAGCAACAGCGAGGGCAUCGCGGCAACUCACCCAUUCAUAAACACAAGCCACCAUUAGGUCAAGUUGUGGCACCUGUCACAACUAUUGAAACUGUUGUAAGCGACUGCUUGACGUGCAUGACUAAUGACCUAUUGUGUUUAUAUUUAACAGAUUUUUAACUAAAUUAUAAUGAAUAUAAAUUGUAUAACUUAAAUGUUGCACCUAAGAAUACUCAAUUAUGCUUGUGUGUAUGACUAAUAGACAUUUUCUUGGAUACGAACAAUGAUUAUAUCGGCAACACUGUAUUAAGGUGCACGCGUCCUUGUCACCUCAAUUGUACAUCAGGCAUUCCACGCACCUUGUAAUGAUUUAGCCGCAAUAGUGUAGUUUCUCGAAGUCGCAUUAGAAGACCUGUCUGUGUUCGUCUUCUUACACACCGAUCAUAUUUCAAAAUUUCAGUGCCUAUUGUUUGUAAUAUAAUGUACGAUUCUGUUGGUCUCGUACCGACCGGGAGGUGGUUCCAUGUUCAGAGAUACGAUAUAAUAUGUAAGUAUAUUUUGUAAUCGCACUAGAUAUUCGAAUGUAAAUUAGGGACGUAUGUGUCAAAUGCCAAAAUUGCUAAAAAUAUUUUUGUUACAUAUAAAUUACUACGUAGAAAUGUUCGUUACAGGAAAAUGGGGAAAACUCAGCUAUUUCAUUAUUCAGUUACUGGCCCAAACAUAACACAGCUAAUACAAAAAUAAAUUGGUUUUCAUGUCGUCUCUAUGGACGACAUCUAUUCAAAUAAUCAUGAAGCUCCUCGGUAGCUUUGUAUUGUUAUGUUCUAACAGAUUUUUCCAUUUCCCUGCAACUUGUGAAAUGUCAUUCGGCAUCGUAAAGGAACAUGAAAAUUAGAUAUUGAUAGUGUACUUAUGAGCUUGCUAGAACCUAACUAUAAUGUGGUGGCAUUCGGAGCUUCUGUUCAUUCAUUAUGAAUAAAUGUAGAUACGUUGUAACGGUCGCGCGGGCACAGGCGACUCAAUGUUAUCCACGCUAUCAGAAUGUUUAUCGAGCGAGUGCCGCCGACUGCACAGCACAGCUAUUGUGGAGCUGCGAGCCGCGCUACUCGCGGUGUCUAUGUAUAUCAUAUCUCUGAAAGUUGCGAUUGUAUGACUCGUCAGUAUUAACUAAACCUGUGGUACUUAUAAAUCUACAUGAUAAGCAUACUCAUUUAUUUUUCGUGUAGCCUGUUAGGAUAAGACGGAAUUAUAUCAAUCUCGGUGUAACAUUAUAUCUGUGUUUUAACGUCGCUAUUUUAUUACUAUACAUUUUCAAUUAUCUAACUUACAUCUCAAUUAAGUAUUUAUAUAAUUUAAAAACAUAGUUAUAAGACUGAUAUAUGAUUGAUUUUUAGGAUUAGUAUAUUUUAUUUAAAUGACGUGUAAUCGGUUACAAAAUUAUUUUAUAACGGCACUAUUGUUUUCAAUUUAUGUGUAACUUUGUGUGCUAAGAAUAUAUAAGCACUAUCUACGCGUAUUAUGUAAUUCAAUGUUAGGUAUGUAAUAUGACUGUACAAUCAUCGUAUGUGAGAGGAGAGGGAAGAAGUGUUAGUUAGAAAUUAAAAUGUGAUACCUCCGUAGUAUCUUUGAAUAUUAUCGUUUCCCUGUAGAAGGAAUUGUUAGUCUCUUGCGGAGAUGCGAUUUGUAUUUACGAAAUCGUGUCUAGCGCAAGAAGUCGUGUUAAGACAAAGUUUGGAUAUUAUUAAUUACCUCUAUAUUAAAAUGUGAAUCGUUGUAAUUCAUGCUAACAUUUUGUAUCAUGCAAAGUAACACCGCACACUAACGUACCAAUAGGAUUUAUGUUCAAUUAGCUUUUGGGUUAGAAUUAGUUUUGAAUGCCUCGAGCUGUGUGAUUAUUUUGUAUUUGCUGAGAACACACACCAUGUACAUAAGUAAUAAAAUAAAUUAUGUUUUCCCACCCGA